AUGCCGACUCGCGACGAGAAGGCAGCUGACAAACAGGCCGAGGCGAUCGUGGCCAGCCUCGCUCACGCGGGCAGCGCGGCGACAGAGCAGGCGAUCUCGUCGGUCUGCGAGGUUCUUCGGAAGGACGUCGCGCUGUUGUACCACGUGAACGCGCUCCUGCACAACGACGAGUGGCGCGCCGUCUUGAAGGCGUCGGCCGAGGGGCAGUGCGGCGCGAAGCCAGAGGGGCCUCCUCCUGAGGACGUGGGGAAGAAGCUCCGCGUUGGCAUUAAGAAGUUUGGACACCUUUCCAGGCGCUGGGUUGAAGAGGGCGGGCAGAACGGCCUGGUGGAGCACUUGCUGCACGCAAUCGAGCCCGAAAUCUUCCCCAAGGACGAGCCCGCGGACGCGUGGUACAAGGAUUGCAAACUCGAGGUGCUGUGCUUCGCCCUCAGGGUGUCCAUGGAUACCCAGACCCCGAACGUGAUCUACGAGGGCAUGGAGACUUGGACCUCGUUGGGUACGGCGAUAAGCCAGCACUACACGGGCAUCGGGUCGCCCCUGAAGGGGAAGACGUCCGCUGAGAUUCUGAGGGGCUACUUCGACCCCCAGGAGGCGGAGGACAACAGCUGGAAUCUCACGUGCAUCCUGGACACGAAGGCCGAGAAGUCCGUGGUCAAGGUGGAGGCAGGGGACCUCACGGUGGAGAACCCUUUCGACUGGACGACCGACCUCCUGCUGGCCACAGGCACACGCACGCACAGGAUCCAGUCCGUCCACGAGGAGUUCGCAGCCCUGAACGUGCCGAUGCCCACGGCGACCUCUGUCAAGUGGCAGGGCGACCUCUUCAAGACGCUCAAACAGGUGGCGACCCCCAAGGACAAGGGCAUUUCCGCGGCAAGCAGCGCGAGCGGCGUCAAGCGGCCCUCGCCUUCGCCCCCUUCGGGCGCCGGCGUGGCGGAGGCGCUGCGCAGGCGCCUCAACGCCAAGAGCACCGGCGCCAAGGGCAACUGA